CCGGCCUGACGCUGGUGCGCAUCUCACCGACCGGGAAUACGGAUUUCUGAACAUUCCGGCCUUUUCGUCCCCGCCGCACCGUGGGCUGUGUUUCCGCGCGCCGCUCGGUAGCAUGUCAGCCGGGGAUGACAGCCAUCCAGCAGGAGCCGCGCGUGUCCGGUCCGGGGGAAUGAGGCAGGCGCUGGACGGUCGCCGCAGGGACGCUGGGCUCCGGCCAAACAUCACCGCAUUUUAGCACCGAUUCGAGGCUCGGGGCUUUGCGUUGCAUCGCAUCGCAUCUGCUGCACCCCUCGAUCUGCCCGCGUUUGUUUUUUGUUUUUGUUUUUUUCAUGGUUUUUUUCCGGUUUCGUGCACAAGUGCAUGGUGGAAAAUGCAGCUGGGCUGAGGACUUCCCCCCCUUCCGCACAUCCGUCGCUGCCAUGAUGGGCAGAGGUCUCCUCCGGACCGCGGCGCGGCCGCUCGCGCAGGAGGCGGAUUGAUCGGGGACGGUGGGUCGCAUCUGCGGGUGUUAUUCCGUCUGUGGAGCCUGCGAAUAUCAUCCGUGCACACGCACCGUGAUUCUUACUCAGGGAACAAAAAAAAAAAAAAAAAAAAAAAACACACACACAGAGGGAGAGGGGGGAGAAAGAAAACAACAUGUCUUCUCGAUCUGCAUUACCGUCUGGAAACGACAGGAGUACUGGAGACCAUCAUGUGUCGCUGGGGUCCAGCCGCUCAGACAAGGCCACCAGCCAGUCCAGCCGCUCGUUGGGCGCCCGGUGCAGGAACUCCAUCGCCUCCUGCCCCGACGAGCAGCCGCAUAUCGGCAACUACCGCCUGCUGAAGACCAUCGGCAAGGGGAACUUCGCCAAGGUCAAGCUGGCCCGCCACAUCCUGACGGGCAGGGAGGUUGCAAUAAAAAUCAUCGACAAAACUCAGUUGAACCCAACCAGCCUACAAAAGCUUUUUCGGGAGGUACGAAUAAUGAAAGGCUUGAAUCACCCGAACAUCGUGCAGCUGUUCGAGGUGAUUGAGACGGAUAAGACCCUUUACCUAAUCAUGGAGUACGCCAGUGGAGGUGAAGUGUUUGACUACCUCGUGUCUCAUGGGAGGAUGAAGGAGGUGGAAGCCAGAGCCAAAUUCCGACAGAUCGUUUCCGCCGUCCACUACUGCCACACCAAGAACAUCGUCCACAGAGAUCUGAAGGCGGAGAACCUCCUGCUGGACGCCGACGCCAACAUCAAGAUCGCCGACUUCGGCUUCAGCAACGAGUUCACGCUGGGGAACAAGCUGGACACGUUCUGCGGCUCGCCGCCGUACGCCGCGCCCGAGCUCUUCCAGGGGAAGAAGUACGACGGGCCCGAGGUGGACGUGUGGAGCCUGGGGGUCAUCCUCUACACGCUGGUCAGCGGCUCGCUGCCCUUCGACGGCCAGAACCUCAAGGAGCUGCGGGAGCGCGUGCUGAGGGGGAAGUACCGCGUGCCCUUCUACAUGUCCACCGACUGCGAGGGGAUCCUUCGCCGCUUCCUGGUGCUCAAUCCCGCCAAGCGCUGCACCCUGGAGCAAGUCAUGAAGGACAAGUGGAUCAACGCCGGGUACGAGGGGGACGAUCUGAAGCCCCACAUAGAGCCGGUGGAGGACUACAGCGAUCCGGCUCGCAUCGAGGUGAUGGUGGGGAUGGGCUUCACCCCGGAGGAAAUCAAAGACUCCCUGCUCAAUCAGAAGUACAACGAGGUCACCGCCACCUACCUGCUGCUGGGCCGCAAAGGCGACGAGGGCAGCGAGGCCCGCUCCGCCAGCAGCCUGUCCCUGGCCCGGGUCCGGCCCAGCCCCAUCACCAACGGGACCAACAAGCACUCCUCGGCCACCGGGUCGUCCUCGUCCUCCACCUCCUCCUCGCACAGCAAGAGCCAGCGCAGCGCCUCCACCUACCACCGGCAGCGGCGGCACAGCGACUUCUGCGGGCCCUCCAUGCCCGUCAUGCACCCCAAGCGGAGCCCGACCAGCACGGGCGACCGGGAGCUGCGGGAGGGCCGGAUGCCCUCCCGCAAGGCCAGCUGCAGCGUGAUGGGCAGCCACAGCCUGCCCCCCUCCAGCCCCAUGGUCAGCAGUGCCAACAACCCCAACAAGUCCGAGAUCCCGGACCGCCGCAAAGACAUGACUGCCACCACGAAUAACAUCCCUGGAAGUGCGAUGACGCGCAGAAACACGUACGUGUGCACCGACCGCUCCGGUGCCGACCGACACUCUCUCCUGCAGAACGGCAAAGACAACAGCUCGCUGGGCCACCGCCUGCCCGCUGCCUCCCCCUCCACCCUCAGCAUCUCGGGCGCCGGGGCCGCCUCGUCCUCCUCCUCCUCGGACCGCUGCCGCCUGACCCGGGGCUCCACCAUCCGCAGCACCUUCCACGGGGGCCAGCUGAGGGACCGCGGCGCCCCGGUCUACUCCGCCCCGCCCACGUCGCCCACCCUGUCGCACCACGAAGCCAGUCCGCUGCCCCACGCACGCACCCGGGCCACGUCCAACCUCUUCACCAAGCUGACCUCCAAACUCACUCGCAGGGUCAACCUUGACCCGUCCAAGCGCCAGGGCUCAAACAAAUCAGUGUCGGGUUGUACUCUUCCACAAGGACCAAAACAGUUAGUAAGGUCACAAAUGAAUCUGAGGGAAUCAGGAGAUUUGCGGUCACAAGCCUCUGAGCGUUUGUCCGCCCUGUCCACUCUCGCCCGCAGUUGCCAUCUACCUGGGUAUCAAAAAGCGCCCGAGCCCCGGGCCGUCGGACGUGGCUGGGAUCUGAGAGGCGGCGGGCGGCGGGACCCAGCGGAGGUGGUGCUGGCUCUGCGGGAGGCGGCGCUGGGAUGCGGCUGCCAGGUCCACCACGCCGGCCCCUUCCUGCUCUCCUGCACCCACGGCGUGGCGGGAGGCCGCGUGGCUUUCGAGGCUGAGGUGUGCCACCUUUCCACGGGCACCGCCGAGACUUCUAACGGGGUGCGCUACACGCGACUGUGGGGGGCGCCGCUCGCUUUUCGGGACAUCGCCACCCAGAUCUCCAAGGACCUUGAACUUUGAGCUGGGAGAGGAGGGAGGUGCAGGCGUGUGUGUGUCUGUGCGUGUG